AUGCUAGAACAAAAUGCGGUAUUGAAAUUUACCCUCGGAGAGAAAUACGAUGAUAUUAUUGUUAAAGAUGUUCAAUUGUGGUCACAGGAACCACCUAAAGCCGAUGGUAUCAAACAACUUAAAGGUAGAUUGUUACAGUACGUUGAUAUGAAUAAACUGCCGCUUUGGGCUACAACUGGUAGUAAAAACUACGUGGUUUACACGUGGAGGUCUUCUACAACUUCAUAUUUUGCCAGUAAAUUGAAGAAUGAAAAUCGUGGUAUAGUCAUCGAUUUACUCAAUGGUACUAAUAACAACGAUCACUUACUUAUAUUGCACAGAAAGUUAAAGAAGGUCCAGUGCUUAAAACUAAACUUAAAUGUCAAGCGGAAGUUCGAUAAUCAACUUAUUAGUCGAACUGUUCAAACGACUUCUAAGGAGGGAUCCAUAGACUCCAUUGUACAACAGUCUCAGCGACAGAACCAGUUCAAAGCCAAGACUAUUAGGAACCAUGUAAGGACCAGCGAAAAGAAAAUUACUUUCAACGAGACGUUAUCCAAACUGAUUUUGGGAGGAUUGAGGCUAAGAGGUAUACCAAACACGCAGUCGGGAUUUCAAAAACUUUACAAGAUAACCUUUGAUGCAGCGGAAUUCGCUCACAGAGACGAAUUAAAACAUUCAGAUGCAGAGGUGCCAUUUGAAACGUUGCAAGAAACCGUGGAAGUUCUUUUGAAAUUAUUCUGCAAGAGUUGA